CAUUUGAAAUGUGAAAUAUAACGUAUACACACGACACUCUAUACAAAAAAAGAAGAAAGAAACAACAACAUCAACGGCAAAACGAAAUGACAAUACAGCAACAAAAACCACAAUUGUUGUCAUUAUUGUACGAAACUAUAAAGGCAACAACAACAGCUGCAGUAACAACCUCAAUACAAACAACAAAGGCAACAUUAAUAAACAACUACAACUACGAGAGUGACAGCAAUUUAACAGCCACUACAACAUCAACAACAAAAACAACUACCACGACAACAACAAUAUACGAACUGUUGCAUAUGAGUACAAAUACAACAGCAGCCGCAGCAGCAACGACAGCCACAACAACAACGACUACAACAGCCAAUCUACUGCCAAAAUCUGCAUUCCGCUACGCCACCUCCACCCCACUCAAUACAGCUUCAGCAACAACAUCAUCUGCUGCUUCGCCUGCCACCGCCUACCUUUGGGAAAAUGCUCCAUUAUCUUCAGCCACAACCACCACUUCCUUAGUUGUUGAUUUAGUAGAGUCUUUAGCCUCCCUGGAGAAUCUCACCAACAGUUUGGCCAGCUCUAUAGAAACAUCUCCGCUGCCACUUAAUGGCAACUUUAGCUGGGAUGCAACAGCAACUGCCACCACCAUAACCAUAUCCACACGCACCUCCAGUAAUGUGGCCACAUUGCCACCCUUUGUCGACUCCUAUUUGGUGGGUAUGGCAUGGUCAAAGGCCCUGGUUGUGGCCAUAUUUAUGCUGCUCAUCUUGGUCACGGUGGUCGGUAAUACUCUGGUGAUUUUGGCAGUUUUGACAACACGUCGCCUGCGUACGGUAACAAAUUGUUUUGUACUUAAUUUGGCCAUAACCGAUUGGCUAGUGGGCACGUGUGUUAUGCCACCAGCUGUUAUCCAUUAUAUUGCUGAAGGAGUCUGGCGCUUUGGAUGGAUUUUAUGUGAUAUUUGGAUUUCUUUAGAUGUUUUACUCUGUACAGCUUCCAUAUUAAGUUUAUGUGCCAUAAGUUUAGACAGAUAUUUAGCUGUAACACAACCCUUAACAUAUUCCAAAAAUAGACGUACCAAACGUUUAGCCUUAUUCAUGAUAUUUAUUGUAUGGGUGACGGCAUUGUCCAUAACAUGUCCUCCGUAUUUGGGAUGGUAUGAACCGGGACGCCGUGAUGAAGGUUACACCGUGUGUCGCUACAAUCAGAAUAAAGGAUACGUGGUCUUUUCAGCAAUGGGUUCAUUUUUUAUACCACUGGCUGUGAUGCUUUAUGUUUAUUUGAAAAUUGGUUACGUUUUGACAUCCCGUCGUCAAAGGAUUGUUCGUGAUGCGAACUCUGAACGCACAGCAGAUCAUGAGAUUGAUUGUGAUAAUUUCCUCUCCGAAUCGGAGCACUUCCAUUGUGGCCCUCAGAACUUUCCCUCGUUCAAGUCACGUUGGACUUUAGAGGGCAGUGCCAGUGCUGGCAACAGCAAAACCAACAGUUUAAAAUGCAGUAAAUGUAACAAAAACUACAUAGAUCAAACAACGUUAAAGCAUCAGGCAUCCUUUUACGAACUGGUUGAAAUUUCACGUCUAUCAGUACAAACAUCAGUAUUACCACCUGUGGCAACAUGUACAUCGAUUAAUUGCCGUUAUGGAGAUGGUACGUGUACACCAACAGCUGCAGCUACAACAAAUGUUACAUUCACCAUAGGGGAUAGCCUGGGGCAGAGAGGCUCUUCGCUGCCCAUACAACAGCUGCAUUGCACGGACAGUCGCACAUCGUUUUCGGAAACUUGUUUGGCACAGGCCAUGACUCAAAUUGGUAAAUAUGCCACAAAUGGACAACAUCAGCAACAACUGCACUUGAAUAAUGUACAACACCACGGGCAUCAUCCAGUGCACAGUCAGCAACAGCAGCAGCAUCACCACCACCAUCAACAUCAUCCUCAGCAUGGCCACCACCAUCAUCAUCAUCGUGUACCCAUGCGAGUUUCAACAACAAAACGUGAUACGAAAACCGCCAAAACUUUAACAAUGGUUAUGGGUGGUUUCAUUGCCUGUUGGCUGCCGUUUUUCGUGUACUACAUACUGAUACCAUUUCUACCGCCUGCUGCAGUCUCUGAAGGUCUCAUGUCAUUUUUGACUUGGGUCGGUUGGGUGAAUUGUGCCAUCAAUCCAUUUAUCUAUGCCUUUUACAAUCCGGACUUUCGUACAGCAUUCUGGCGGUUGACAUGUAAACGAAUUUGCAAGCAAAAGUCACCAGCAAAUCAUGCGACCAUGUUUCGAGGAUAAAACUAUUUAAGGUUGAUGCAACUGCAACUAUUCUACUACAGAUGCUGAUGCUGCUGCUGUAAAAACCAGGACAUUUACAUUGAUGUGCUGUGCUGUCGGUGGUCGUUGCUGUAGAACAAAAAAUGACAUAGAAAUAAGAAAUAGAAUUUAAAAAAACACACAAACACACCAAAUAGAAACAGAUGUACAUAGAAAACAAAACAGUGGUUUUACUAGUAUUUAAGUUGCAUUUCAUUU